UCCCACAUGCUGUGACAUCUGUUAAACACCUGCUGUUCACGGGGUCCCUGCAGGCCUCCAAGCAGGGGACCUCAUCCCACCUUGGUGCCUCCCUUAGCUGUCCAACACAUUGAACACAUGCCAUUUUUUGGAUCUCAGAUGUGUCCCACCAACUCAGAAGCCUCAACCAGUGAAAGUUUUGUUUUGAACUAAUGGUAGAGAAGGUUGGGUUUUUUUUUUUUAAUUGUUGUUGUUGGCUGAUUUUUUUAAGGUCUUUUUUUUUUUUUUUUUUUCUAUUCGAGCUUUUUUUUUUCUUGUCUUCACAAAGCCAGGCCAUCAGGCCCACUCUGGGCUUUUCCAGAAGGGUCUGAAGCCAGUCUUGUAAAGGGCUGGAGUGGACAUGGAUGACUAGAACCCUGGGCUUUGCAGGGUGCUGGGAGCUGGAAGUCUCCAUCAUGGCCUGUCAGGAGAAGCCCCUGGGGGCUGGUCUACCAUGCUGACCAGUGGUUGGAGAUUGUGCCUGCUGAGGUCAAGAAAUGUAGCUGCUAAUUGCUGGACAACUUAAAAACCUCACAAGCUUCAAGUCUCCAAGGACUCUCCAAAUCCCAGAAUCUCCCUGUCAUCACAUCCUAGAAUUUAAAACCUGAGACCAUCAACUUCAAGAAAACUUGGGGAUUUCAAAACCUGGCACCAAAGAAAGCAGGACCUACACUCGUCAGCUCUGUGAUCUUGGGCAAGUUGCUUGACUACUUAUGCCUCCAUUUCCUUCAUCUGUGUAACAGCAAUACAAUAAUGAUGAGAUGGAGCUCAAGGGGCCAUGGUGAGGUUUGAACAAGAUCGCUUGUGAGAUGUGUUCAGCGCUGUAUCUGACCCACGGAAAAUUCAAGAUAAACAUCAGCUACUGAGAUGAUGGUGGAUAUUUAGAAUCUUAAAUCCUUGGAAACUAGGGCUUUUCGAAUUAAAAGAUCCCAAAGGCUGAGCGCCUCAGAAGCAUCAGGCCAUGUUCCUGAAAGUAGAGGGUCAGGAUCCCAGUGGGCCUCUGGGCUUCUUCGUGAGGAUGGACGCAUUAAUACUGGGGACCUUCCCAGUGGGGCAGUGGCUGGGUCAGGGCACUCAAGCCCUAAAGCGUGAUGAGGCAAGACUUUCCUCUCUUUCCUCAUUCAGUAACUGUCAGUGGAUUCUGGGAGCCAGUGAUUCUCCGACUCUUCGAUUCUGUGAAUUGUAGGGGAUGACGGUGGGCUCCCGCUUUCUCCUCCGUGAAGUAACUUACAUGGCUCUCACCCUCUGUGGGAGGGUUGUUGCAGGGGGGUCCAGAACUCCCCUCUCUGGAUAGAGCAAUGGGGACCAUACCAAUUCCAUCUAUGGGGAAACUGAGGCCUGGAGCAGGGUGAGGCCUCUGGAAACCCAGCCCUAUUCCUGUCCCUUUCCCUGGCAUUUCCCAUCCACACAUGGGGCUUCAGUUUCUCUCUUUCCCCAGAGACCCUCAAAUAUCCUCUCACUCACAGAAUGGUGUCUCUGCCUGCCUCAGGAUGGCCCUGUGAUUUAUUUUAGUUCUUUUCCCUGGUUGCUUUUUUUUUUUUUUUUCAAACUUUACACACUUUUGUUUUAAAAACUGUGGUUUCUCAUGAGAGCCCUGUUAUCUCAUUGAUACCUCUCACCUCUGUGGUGAAGGGAAGAAAUCAUAUUUUCAGAUGACUCGUAAAGGGCAAAGAAAAAACCCAAAAUUUGAAAAUUUCCGUUUAAGUCUCAUAAUCAAGAAAAAGAGAAACAGAGAGAGAGAGAGAGAGAGAACUAUGAGAACCCCCCCCCCCCGUGAUUAUCAGCGCACACACUCAUCGAAAAAAAAAUUUGGAUUAUUAGAAGAGAGAGGUCUGUGGCUUCCACACCGUGGUUUUUCUUCUCGGUAUAAAAGCAAAGUUGUUUUUGAUACGUGACAGUUUCCCACAAGCCAGGCUGAUCCUUUUCUGUCGGUCCACUUUACCAAGCCUGCUCUCAGACAAGGACUCGAUGCCCAACCCCAGGCCAGUCAAGCCCUCAGCCCCUUCCUUGGCCCUUGGCCCAUCCCCAGGAGCCUCGCCCAGCUGGAGGGCUGCACCCAAAGCCUCAGACCUGCUGGGGGCCCGGGGCCCAGGGGGAGCCCUCCAGGGCCGAGAUCUUCGAGGCGGGGCCCAUGCCUCCUCCUCCUCCUUGAACCCCAUGCCACCAUCGCAGCUGCAGCUGCCCACACUGCCCCUAGUCAUGGUGGCACCCUCCGGGGCACGGCUGGGCCCCUUGCCCCACUUACAGGCACUCCUCCAGGACAGGCCACAUUUCAUGCACCAGCUCUCCACAGUGGAUGCCCACGCCCGGACCCCUGUGCUGCAGGUGCACCCCCUGGAGAGCCCAGCCAUGAUCAGCCUCCCGCCGCCCACCACCACCACUGGGGUCUUCUCCCUCAAGGCCCGGCCUGGCCUCCCACCUGGGAUCAAUGUGGCCAGCGUGGAGUGGCUGUCCAGGGAGCCGACACUGCUCUGCACCUUCCCAAAUCCCGGCGCACCCAGGAAGGACAGGUCAGUGGACGGGGCUGGGAAGGAUCCUCAACCUUCUAUCCCCUCCCCUGACACCCUUUGUUCCCCCAGCACCCUUUCGGCCACAUCCCAGAGCUCCUACCCACUGCUGGCAAAUGGCAUCUGCAAGUGGCCUGGAUGUGAGAAGGUCUUUGAAGAGCCAGAGGACUUCCUCAAGCACUGCCAGGAGGACCAUCUUCUGGAUGAAAAGGGCAGGGCGCAAUGUCUUCUCCAGAGAGAGAUGGUACAGUCUCUGGAGCAACAGCUGGUGCUGGAGAAGGAGAAGCUGAGUGCUAUGCAGGCCCACCUGGCCGGGAAAAUGGCAGUGCCCAAGGCUCCAUCUGUGGCGUCAUCUGACAAGGCCUCCUGCUGCAUUGUAGCUGCUGGCAGCCAAGGCGGCAUGGUCCCAGCCUGGUCUGGCUCCCGGGAGGCCCCCGACAGCCUGUUUGCUGUGCGGAGGCACCUGUGGGGCAGCCAUGGAAACAGCACAUUCCCAGAGUUCCUCCACAACAUGGACUACUUCAAGUUCCACAACAUGCGGCCCCCUUUCACCUACGCCACGCUCAUCCGCUGGGCCAUCCUGGAGGCUCCAGAGAAGCAGCGGACACUCAAUGAGAUCUACCACUGGUUCACACGCAUGUUCGCCUUCUUCAGAAACCAUCCUGCCACCUGGAAGAACGCCAUUCGCCACAACCUGAGCUUGCACAAGUGCUUCGUGCGAGUGGAGAGCGAGAAGGGGGCUGUGUGGACCGUGGAUGAGCUGGAGUUCCGCAAGAAACGGAGCCAGAGGCCCAGCAGGUGUUCCAACCCUACACCUGGCCCCUGACCUCAGGAUCAAGGAAAGGAGGAUGGACAAACAGGGGCCAAACUGGUGGGAGACAGAGGUGGUGGGGACAGGGAUGACAGGCCCUGGAUGUGCCCACAGGGACCAAGAGAAGUGAGGUUUCCACCAUCUUGCCUGCAAGGGCCCCUGUUCCCCCGUUGGCAGCCACCCCUCCCCCAUCAUAUCCUUUGCCCCAAGGCUGGUCGGGGGGCCCCAGUCUCAGCCCCAGUCCCCACCUCUACCCCAGAUACCCCCCCCAGUCGAGCCCUACAGCCAAACAGCCUGCCUCAGCUGCUCGCACAGAUGACUUCAGGGCUGGAAAAGUCACACAGACACACAAAAUAUCACAAUCCUGUCCCUCACUCAACACAAAUCCCAAAACACAGAGAGUCUGCCUCAGUACACUCGAACAACCUCAAAGCUGCGUCAUCACACAAUCACACACAAGCAUGGCCCUGACAACCCACAUACCCCAAGGCACACACCCACAGCCAGCCUCAGGUCCCACAGGGGCACUGUCACACGAGGGUGUGCCCAGAGGCCUACACAGAAGCAGCCUCAGCACCCUCAGUAUCUCAGGUCCCACAAAGCCACACAGACACAUAAUUGCUCAUACAUGGUCUCAUGCAGCUCCCAACACAUGCUCGGUCACACACAUGGCCUGUUAGAACUCACCUGCAUAUCUCACACAUGUACACACACACAGCCCCCCAGUGGGUCUGUUGAGUCCCAUGUAGACACACAUAGCCACACACACUGACUUGCCAAAAAUACCCUGUCUCCCCUGCCACUCACCUCACUCCCAUGCCCUGAGCCCUGAUCCAUGCCUCAGCUUAGACUGCAGAGGAACUCCUCAUUUAUUUGGGAUCCAAGGCCCCCAACCCACAGUACCCUCCCCAAUAAACUGCAGCUGAGCUC